AUGUCGCAACAAAAUGACGAGAUCUUCCAAAAUUUGCCUAACGAAGAGGAGGAUAGCGGGUUCACAAGUAGUGAUGCCAGCGCUACGAUGCCUUCAUUAAUGUCAAACAGAAGCAGUGAAGCGGAGGAAGAAUCGAGACCGGAUGGCCACAUGAAUGCUCCGGGGAACCACCCACGAGUGCUGAGGUGA